AUGUAUGGAGCGCCCAUAUGGGCAAAUAGCCUCACCGCUCAAGGCAAGACCCUCCUGCGGAGACCGCAGCGAGUCAUAACGGUCAGGGUGUCGAGAGCAUAUCGCACCACCUCUUACGAGGCGGCAUGCGUCAUGGCAGAGCUGAGCUCCGAAGGGGAGAAGCCACUUCUGGAGCACAUUAAUCGAUGGCGGAUAAACAUCCGACGGGCCGUGUUCCGGAAGUGGCAAGAGAAGCUGGAGGAGCCGAGAUCUGGCCACUGGACCAUCGGAGCGAUUCGACCAGUCCUGGCAAAAUGGGCGGAUCGAUCCUGGGGAGGCAUCUCCUAUCACCUUGCGCAGGUUCUGACGGGACACGGUUGCUUCGGCAAAUACCUGUGCAGGGUGGGACGAGAACCGACGACCGCAUGUCCGGCGUUCGACGAGCAGCGGUCAACCCUGACCGCAGUGGUGGGGCACGACCUAUCCCUGUUGACCGUGGUGCGAGCCAUGGUCGGCAGUGAGAGGGCGUGGAAUGCGGUGGCCUCCUUCUGCACCGAUGUAUUGCCGCGGAAAGAGGCGGCGGAGCAGGAGCGAGAGGAAGACCCUUCCUCUCAUCCUAUGCGCCGCAAACGUUUAGGGCGCAGGCGGCUGGCCUAUGCCCGCCAACUGCCGCCCUGA